CAACAGCUGAUCAGAGUUUCUGUUCAUCAGUCUAUGCUUCAUGUAUCUACAAUCUACAUAUACAUAUAUGUAUAUGAAAAGUGACAUAAAGCAAAUAAUUUAAAUCAAUGGAUCCCGAUAAUUACACAAUGGAUUUAAUACGUCAAGAUAUUGUUAAAUAUCAUCUUCAAGUUAAUGCUUUAGUACAAGACAUUCAGCAAUGUAGUGGACCAUUGGAGGUGCUUGAUGAGCUCAAUGCGGAGGGCAGAACUAAAAUAGCAGUUUUAAAAAACUCCAUUGAGCAAUUAGCAUCUAUUGCUGAAACUGAAUCAAAUGAAAAGAAAAAAACUGAACUGUUACUUGCAUUGGAUAACUAUAAGGAGCAACUAAACUCUUCUCUGGCAGCCUUCCGCAAAGCAAAUGUUGUUAGUGCAUGUGUUAUUGAUAAAUUGGCAAGGGAAAAUUUAUUCUCUAUGUCAGAAGAACAGCAGAACGCUCUUCGUAAACGACACGGCAAACAGAGCUUGACGAAUGCAUCUAGUCAAGUAACAGAUAAAUUAUUGAGCAUUUCAAGACAUUUAGCUGAAACAACUCAGAGAAGUGCCGAUACCUUGGACACACUGUUAACAUCUUCAGACAAAGUUGGUAGCACCAAGGAUGAAUUAGAACAUCAGCAACAGGCAAUAGUACAAUCGGGUAAACUUUUAGGAAAAUAUGGAAGACGGGAAGUCACUGAUAAAGCCUUGCUUGCAUUGGCAUUUGUCUUCUUUCUCGCCUGAUUUUACAUUCUGCAGAAAAGACUAUUUUGAAUAUAUAUAUAUAUAUAUAUAUAUAUAUAUAUAUAU